GUGUGUGUGUGUGUGUGAUCAACAAUUGUCUAAGUCUGAAGAGAGACUGUCUAGCUUUCCUCAAGGAGCAACUAAAGACUGUUUGAACUGUGCUGAAGUCUCUGAAGAGUUAGGAUCUAAUUUUGUUGUUGCCCCUCUGCUAGCACCCCUCGAAAUGCAUGUUCAGGACUCUGGGUGCACUUCCAAGGCGGCUGUGGCACCGCUCGACCUUAUACCUGCAUCUGAUUCCCAGGUGGAGACAGCAGCUGUCCAGUCAGCACCCGUGCUUGUUUUGUCCCAGACCCCUCUUAUAGCGGAGCUUCAGUUUGCCAUUGCAAAUAAAAGUCACUAGGGGGCAGCAGCGGUACGUCACAAACACACCACCGAGGAAGAGCAGAAAACAGGAAGCAAAGAAGGAGGCUGUUGAUGGUCACAUAUCUUAGCAGGUUCUAUGCUCCAGCUAAGGACCGCUGAAGAAGAGAAAAGGAGUUGUGAAAUUUCCCAGCUGAGGCAGGCUGUGUUACAAAACAAUGACAGACUCCUUGAUGAGAUGCUCUGCCAAGAAAUCUACAAGAAAGUCAUCAACUGCAGAGGUGGCUGGGGCAUUGCAGGCACACCCCUGCAUGCUGCAGUGUCUAAAGGCCACCUCAGCUGUCUGCAGGUCCUUCUAGCUCACGGUGCCAUCAUAGACUGCGUGGACGUCAAGGCCCAGACACCUCUGUUCGCAGCCGUUCGAGGGAAAUACCUGGACUGUGUCUUAACUCUCCUCAAAGCUGGCGCCAACCCCAACGGAAGCUCGUCCAACAACUGCUCACCGGUCCUCACUGCUGCAAGGGAAGGCGACGCAGAGAUUCUAAAGCAGCUACUAAAACACGGCGCUGAGGUGAACUCCCGCGCCAAAGUCUUACUGUGGACCUCGAGUGCCAGAGUGUCCAGCGGGCCGCUUUAUUUGGCUGCUGUUUAUGGACACAUGGAGUGCUUCAAACUGCUGCUCCUCUACGGGGCAGACCCGGACUACAACUGCACUGAUGCCAAGCUGCUGAGUUCUGACAAGCAGCCCAAAACUGUGCUGGAGAUGUGCCUCAGGCACGGCUGUGGCGUGGAGUACAUCCAGCUUCUGAUCGACUUCGGUGCAAACGUCUACCUCCCCACGCUGAUCAUCGAGAAGUCAACGAAGCAGAACGAGGCUGUGGAGCUGCUGCUGCGAGAAAGAGGAAAUCCAAAAGCUUUGACCUCACAGUGCCGACUUGCUGUGCGGAGACACCUCAGAAAGAUCAACAAGAUCAACUGCAUCGACCAGCUGGAAAUGCCCACAAGUCUCAUCAACUUCUUGCAACACAAAACAGCCCCAGUCACUGUUCUGUAGAUAGUGAAGGUUAAAUUAUUUUAGGACCUGUGUUUUGUUUUGUUUUUUAUUUUAGCUUAAGCUUUUAUUUGCAGGAUCUUGAGCCCCUUUGUCCUCUUUUUAAAAUGUGUGAGUGUGCAUUGUUCUUGCGCUUAAGACUGAUUCUUCAGCUAAAAGAAUAAAGGUGGAUUAUUGUUGUGGAA